UGGAGCGUGCGGCUGGCGGACCGGGCCCUGGGCCCGCGGACCCGACACCGGGGGCUGGGGGAGCGCUCAGGCCCCGCCAGGGCGCCCCUCCCCCUCCCCCGCCGGCCGCAAUGAGAGGCAGAUGGCGGGGACUGAGCCGGGGGCGGCGGCCGCCGCUCUCACGGAAUCCGCGCUGUCCGCGCCCCCCUCCCCGGGGCCGGGCCCGGGCCCGGCACGCAGCAUCCCCUCCGCUGCACCCCCGCCCCCAGAUGGGGGGAGCGAGGGAGGAGCCACCUCCCCUUGUCGCCACGGCCCCGGCGGCCCCCCCCCUUGGCCACCGUUGCGAUGGCAACUGGGGCUCCUGCCAGCACCGUUUGGGGGUUUGGGAACCGCUGCUAAUUGGGUUCAUGUGUGAGUCGCCCCCAGCCCAGCCCAGCGCCUCCCUAAACACGCCUCCAGGCCCAGCUCCAGCCCCUCUCCAGUCGCCUCUCCAGUCACCUUAAGACCCGCCCCGUCUGGUACCCCAGGUCCCAGGGCCAGGGGCACAAGAGUGUCAGUUUCUCCGAGUGGGAAAAGGCCUGGGACGUCUGCAUCUGUGUACUCCACCUUCUGAGGUCCAACUUUGCUUUUGUCUUUGUGGCUCUGAAGGGCACCUCAGGGACCCCCGCCCCCUUAUGCUGAGAAGGGGUGGCAUACAGGACUUGGAGGGCUGGCCACUCAAGGAACCCAGACAUCUCACCUGCUUCUCUUUGUCCCCAUCUCCUGUGGCAUCCCUCUCUGUCCCUUUCCCUUCCCAUUUUGACAGAACUGGACUCAGAGGACGCCCCGCCAUGCUGCCGUCUGGCCCUGGGGGAGCCCCCUCCCUAUGGCGCUGCCCCUAUUGGCAUUCCCCGGCCUCCACCCCCUCGGCCUGGCAUGCAUUCGCCACCACCCCGCCCGGCCCCCUCACCUGGCACUUGGGAGAGCCAGCCAGCCCGGUCAGUGAGGCUGGGGGGCCCGGGAGGGGCUUCCGGGGGGCCUGGGGGAGGCCGUGUUCUUGAAUGCCCCAGCAUCCGCAUCACCUCCAUCUCUCCCACACCUGACCCGCCGGCCGCGCUGGAGGACAACCCCGAUGCCUGGGGGGACGGCUCCCCCAGGGAUUACCCGCCACCAGAAGGCUUCGGGGGCUACCGAGAGACAGGGGGCCAGGGCGGGGGCCCCUUCUUCAGCCCCAGCCCGGGCAGCAGCAGCCUGUCCUCGUGGAGCUUCUUCUCCGACGCUUCAGACGAGGCAGCCCUGUAUGCGGCCUGCGACGAGGUGGAGUCUGAGCUAAAUGAGGCAGCCUCACGCUUUGGCCUGGGCUCCCCCUUGCCCUCGCCUCGGGCCUCCCCUAGGCCGUGGACCCCCGACGAUCCCUGGAACCUGUAUGGUCCGAGCCCCGGAGGCCGGGGGCCAGAGGAUAGCUGGCUACUCCUCAGCGCUCCUGGGCCCACCCCAGCCUCCCCACGGCCCGCCUCUCCAUGUGGCAAGCGGCGCUAUUCCAGCUCGGGAACCCCGUCUUCGGCCUCCCCAGCUCUGUCCCGCCGCGGUAGCCUGGGGGAGGAGGGGCCCGAGCCACCUCCACCACCCCCAUUGCCUCUGGCCCGGGAUCCUGGCUCCCCCGGCCCUUUUGACUACGUGGGAGCUCCGCCGGCGGAGAGCAUCCCGCAGAAGACCCGGCGAACUUCCAGCGAGCAGGCAGUGGCCCUGCCUCGGUCUGAGGAGCCUGCCCCGUGCAAUGGGAAGCUGCAGUCAGGAGCCGAGGAGACUGCAGCGCCCCCCGGGGGUGCUCGGAAGGAGGUGGCCGGCAUGGACUACCUGGCAGUGCCUUCCCCACUGGCUUGGUCCAAGGCCCGGAUUGGGGGACACAGCCCCAUCUUCAGGACCUCUGCCCUACCCCCGCUGGACUGGCCUCUACCCAGCCAGUAUGAGCAGCUGGAGCUGAGGAUUGAGGUGCAGCCCAGAGCCCACCACCGGGCCCACUAUGAGACUGAGGGCAGCCGAGGAGCUGUCAAAGCCGCCCCCGGUGGUCACCCUGUAGUCAAGCUCCUAGGGUACAGUGAGAAGCCGCUGGCCCUACAGAUGUUCAUUGGUACUGCGGAUGAAAGGAACCUGCGGCCCCACGCCUUCUACCAGGUGCACCGGAUCACGGGCAAGAUGGUGGCCACGGCUAGCUACGAAGCCAUAGUCAGUGGUACCAAAGUGUUGGAGAUGACCCUGCUUCCUGAGAACAACAUGGCAGCCAACAUUGACUGUGCUGGAAUCCUGAAGCUCCGGAAUUCAGACAUCGAGCUGCGGAAGGGGGAGACAGACAUCGGGCGCAAGAACACACGAGUGCGGCUCGUGUUCCGGGUGCACGUGCCCCAGGGCAGCGGGAAGGUCGUCUCAGUGCAGACAGCAUCAGUGCCCAUUGAGUGCUCCCAGCGCUCAGCCCAGGAGCUGCCCCAGGUGGAGGCAUACAGCCCCAGUGCCUGCUCCGUGAGAGGAGGAGAGGAACUAGUGCUCACUGGCUCCAACUUCCUGCCAGACUCCAAGGUGGUGUUCAUCGAGAGGGGCCCUGAUGGAAAGCUGCAGUGGGAGGAGGAGGCCACGGUGAACCGGUUGCAGAGCAAUGAGGUGACGCUGACCCUGACUGUCCCCGAGUACAGCAACAAGCGGGUGUCCCGGCCAGUGCACGUCUACUUUUAUGUCUCCAAUGGGCGGAGGAAGCGCAGUCCUACCCAGAGUUUCAAGUUCCUGCCUGUGAUCUUCAAGGAGGAGCCUUUACCGGACUCAUCUCUCCGAGGCUUCCCUUCCGCACCUGGCCCCCCCUUUGGCACUGACAUGGACUUCUCACCACCCAGGCCCCCUUACCCCUCCUAUCCCCACGAAGACCCUGCUUAUGAAACUCCUUACCUGUCAGAAGGCUUCAGCUAUGGCACACCCCCUCUGUACCCCCAGACGGGGCCCCCACCAUCCUACAGACCUGGCCUGCGGAUGUUCCCUGAGACUGGGGGUGCCACAGGUUGUGCCCGCCCACCUCCAGUCUCCUUCCUUCCCCGGCCCUUCCCUAGUGACCCCUAUGGAGGACGGGGCUCCCCAUUUUCCUUGGGGCUGCCAUUCCCUCCUCCAGCCCCCUUUCGGCCUCCACUGCCUUCAUCCCCACCACUUGAAGGCCCCUUCCCUCCCCAGAGUGGUGUUCACCCCCCACCUGCUGAGGGAUACAAUGAGGUAGGGCCAAGCUAUGGCCCUGGGGAGGGGGCUCCGGAGCAGGAGAAAUCCAGGGGUGGCUACGGCAGCGGCUUCCGAGACAGUGUCCCUAUCCAGGGUAUCACGCUGGAGGAAGUGAGUGAGAUCAUUGGCCGAGACCUGAGUGGCUUCCCUGCACCUCCCGGAGAAGAGCCUCCUGCCUGAAGCAUCGCCUGGCAACCCCAGCUCCCCCCAGCCUUGCCCACUUUCCCUUCAUCCUGGGGUGGUGGUUCCAGAAGCUUGGGGCCAAUCUGGCUUCUCUUUCUCCAGCUUUUGCCUCCUCUCCCCUGCCCCUAGCUGAGGUGUGGCCCUUGGGCCUGGUGCUGCCUUGGAGGGCUAGGAUGGGAGUGGGGCCCAAGGCCGGGAGUGAGGACAGGUGAGAGUGAAGGCUAUGUCUAGCUGUGUACAGGCCACGGUGCUGGGAGGCUGGGGACAGCUUGAUGGAUAAUAAACUGCUCACUGACUAGUG